GUGACCAGUAAACGCGGAAGUGAAAGGCCGAAGUAAACAUUCAUGUAGCCGACUUGCUCGUGCACUUCUCUUCAACAGAGGAAGUCAUCGGAGCUGUUUCCCACUCCGUGCCGCGUGACUUGACGGCCAAUCGUCAAGAUGGAGAAAGCGAAAAUGUCGCGUUCAUGGUUCAAGUCUCUCCUCAUCUGCGUCACUCUCGUAAGCAGCCAGAUCGGCGACAACGGGGCUUUGGCCAAAUCGAACAGGAGACCGAACAUCGUUCUGAUCCUCACCGACGACUUGGACAUCGCCAUGGGGGGCAUGACUCCACUCAACAAGACCAAGAAACUCAUCGGUGACGCGGGCAUCUCCUUCACCAAUGCAUUUGUGGCCAGUCCGCUGUGCUGCCCCAGCCGCGCCAGCAUCCUGACGGGCAAAUACCCGCACAACCACCACGUCAGCAACAACACGCUGGAGGGCAAUUGCAGCAGCGUGGCGUGGCAGAAGAGUCAGGAGGCGCACACCUUUCCCGCGCUGCUCAAGAACCUGGCCAGUUACCAGACCUUCUUCGCCGGGAAGUACCUCAACCAGUACGGCCACACGGAGGCUGGCGGAGUGGAGCACGUUCCUCUCGGCUGGAGCUACUGGGUGGGACUGGAGAAGAAUUCAAAGUACUACAACUACACGCUGUCGGUGAACGGCAAAGCUCAGAAGCACGGGGCCGACUACAGCAAAGAUUACCUGACGGACGUGCUGGCCAACGCGUCGUUGAACUUCCUGCAAUCCAAAUCCAGCUCCCAGCCCUUCUUCAUGAUGGUGUCCACGCCGGCCCCCCACUCGCCGUGGACGCCGGCCCCUCAGUACCAGGACCGUUUCAACACUACCAAGGCGCCCCGGGACCCAAAUUUCAACGUCCACGGCAAGGACAAACACUGGCUGAUCCGGCAGGCCAAGACGCCCAUGAGCAACUCGUCCAUCGCCUUUCUGGACGACGCCUUCAAGAAACGGUGGCGCACCUUGCUGUCCGUGGACGACCUGGUGGAGAAGAUUGUGAGCAGCCUGGAGGCCAGAGGGGAACUGGACAACACCUACGUCUUCUUCACGUCGGAUAACGGAUACCACACUGGUCAGUUUUCUCUGCCUCUGGACAAGCGGCAGCUGUACGAGUUUGACAUCCGCGUUCCUCUCAUGGUGCGAGGACCAAACAUCAAAGCCGGCCAGAGCAGCCAGUUUCUGGUGGCCAACGUGGACCUGGGGCCCACCAUGCUGGACCUGGCGGGAGUCAACGUCAGCAAGACGGAGAUGGACGGCGCCUCCUUCCUGCCCGUCCUGGUGAGCCGCCAUCUCGUCGCCACUGUUGAGCCUUUCAAUGACCGCCGUGGCUUUCAGGAGGGCAAGGUCAACGGCAGCUCGUGGAGGAGCGACAUCCUGGUGGAGUACGAAGGAGAAGGACGCAACGUCUCCGACCCCGCCUGCCCCCUGCUGGGCCCCGGAGUGUCCGAGUGCUUCCCAGACUGCGUGUGCGAGGACUCGUACAACAACACGUACGCCUGCGUGCGCACCGUGGCGCCCUCGGCCAACCUGCAGUACUGCGAGUUCGACGACGACGAGGUGUUUGUGGAGGUCUACAACUUGACGGGGGACCCCUUCCAGCUCAGCAACAUCGCCAAGACCAUCGACCAGGAGGUCCUGGAGAAGAUGAACCAUCGGCUGAUGAUGCUGCAGUCGUGCGCGGGGCGGACCUGCCGCACGCCCGGCGUCUACGACGCUCGCUUCAAAUUUGAGCCCCGCCGGAUGUUCAGCGGCCACACGUGGAAGCAGAGCAGACUGCGGCAGAAGAUCAAGUGAAAAGGACGACUCUGCAAACGCAGGAUUCCCCCCCCCCCCCCCCCUCCUUCUUGUUGCCUUGUUUGGGAGUCGUAUUCACACACAAUUUGUUGCGUUGUUCACGAAAGAAAAGUUCACUAUUUGAACUUGAAGGAGCCCAAAGAUUUGAAUUCUGUUGAACGGAGCCAAGAGACUCUCUUUCUCAUUUUGCUACUGAUUUUUCUUGUUGAAAGUUUUAUUCUGAAAGACUGAUGCAAUGCACGUUCUUAAACUUUUGGGGUCCAGGAGGAAAUUUCCUCAUCAUCCUUUUGCCAAUUAAGCAGAAGCCGUACAUGCCAGAGGAAUUUGAAAAUCACAAAUUGUCCAUCCAAUUUAUUUUAUAUCAAAAGUAGCGAGAACACGGCUUUCGUUUAUAGGAACAUUUAUUUGUAAUCUUUUGAGAAAGUUGCUUAUUUGAUUAGAAAAAAAGGUUGUCACAAUUGCAAAUUAUUUGUUGUCAUGCUAUGAAAAAGUGGCAUUUUUCUCUCUCCGUUUUAUAAGAAAAAAGUAUUUUCUGGAUAAAAGCCGUUUAAAAAAUAAAAAUACAAAAAUAGUCAUCUUACAAGAUUAGUCCUAUUUUUUUAUAUGAAAGUGAGUUUCAGAAGGGAGAUUGACAGAUCUAUUCUCACAAUAUUGCACCUUUUACUCUGGAAAAGAAAAUCGAGAGUAUUCUGAGGAAAAAAAAGCCUUAAAAAUAUUUUUUUCUUCCAAUAUUCAUGUCAUCUUUUAACUGGCAAUCACUAAGUUUGUGGACCCCAGUUUGAGAAGCGCAGACAACAACGGAACAAAACUUUCCCGACUGUGAAAUCUUUCCUUUGAUCGAAUGUUUGGUGUUGACAUUAACUGCACUUUUUCUCGUCGUGCUUUAGCGCAAAUAAAAUGGAUUUCAUCCGUGAA